AGUACCUUAACACCACUUCUGGCAUGUGUAGUCGCACAGUAAGUUUGAACUUUCUCCUUCACAGCUGUUAAUAUUUUCGUGAGGAGCAAAGAUAGGGGCUUGGUAGAGCACUUAUUGGAUCCAGGAAUGUAUCUUUGUUUGUAAGGGUUUUAUGUAGUUGAAGAAUCCAAUAUAGGUACGGUAAUUCAUAUUCAUUCAACCCAUUGACUGGAAUAUUAUAUGUGUCUAAACCUAAAGCAUGGUUUUGCAGCAUUUCAUCUUUUGAAAGGGCAGUUGGAGUAGAAGUACUAUUACCAGAAGUGGAAUUAAUGCCAAAUUCGUUUAAAAUACAGUUGUAAUAAUGAGCCUUACAAACAAAGACAAUGUUGUUACUAGCUUUGUCAGCUGAAACCAAAACAUAUUCCUCAUGUAACCUAUCUAAUUCAUUUAUCACUUCUGGUUUACUAAAUACAGAAGGAUAUUUGGUACAUAGUAGUUCUCCAUUAUUUCUUGUCAGUUCUUUCACAAAUUCUCGAGCGAGACGUUAAGCAAGAUACAAUCAAUCAAUCUUUCACAAGCAGGCUUUCCUGUUGUUAUUUUUCAGGGGAUUUUCUCUCUCGAUAUCUUGGUACUGUUUUCAAUCCAUGUCUCCUUUGCUUCGAAUUCCCCCAUGUCUUUUUAGGUCACCUGAGUAAACUUAGCUUCAGAAAGCGCGUGUAAAUGGAGCUCUCUGAUUGGCUAAUGCUCCCGUCACUCAAAAAUUCGGCGAUCCGCCAAUUCUUUUAUCACUUCUGCUUUACUAAACACAGAAGGAUAGAUGGUACGUACUUUUAUUUUAAUAUGUCUAAUACGGGUUUUUAAUAUUUGGAUAUAUCUACGGUAAACACGUAAUACCUAUUGCGUCGAUUAUUGAGUACCGGUGCAUGUUUAAAGGGAAAGGCAACCCCAAAAAAUUUACAUGAUAAAUGAUAGGAUUAAUUAUAUGAUAAAGAUUUGUUAUACUAUUCUUUUGAUAUACGGCCUAGAUAAGCUUCAGUACUAAUUUUAAAACUGUAAAACUUGAAAUUGCCGCCAUCUAUAGAGGCUGUCAUGAUGCGGAACUCUUUUGUAUUCAAAACCACAAAAAUAAAUAAUUUUGACGUCACACCGUCUAUUCCGGUUUUGAUGAGAUCAAAGAUGUGCAUAUGGUAGAUUUUACAAAUACAUUGUAAAAUAGGUGGAUGCCUCCCUGUCAAGCAGUUAAUUACACUAAUGCGAUGGGGAGAUGUGUAUAGUAUAGUUCAAAAUAUAUAAACAUAACAAUAAAUUAUUAUUGCUGCGGAAAGGUCCUUACAACGUGACCAAGAAGAUGAAUGGUAUUAACUCAAGAUCACACUGACUGACAUUCUGGAAAUCAAAACAUAAGUGUAAUGUACAACUGUUUUAUAAUGCUCAGAAAAUGAAGUAAACCUCUGGAUUAAAAAAAUCUCCAAAAGUGUUUGACAAUUCUUGUAAACAAUUACCCAGUUUACUUCACUACAACCGUUGUACGUUAUCCGGGUAACCUUGCCCUGUAAAUACCCAAUAGUUCUGACAUUCAGUAUUAUGAAGUCCUUUUCCUUACGUAAUGUCCACAAAAAAUUCCCACUACUAGUGGAGUUUUACGAAGAGGCUUACUUUCACAAUCGACGGCUGACUUUUACAAUUUAAAGGGGCCAACUACAAAUACAUGUAUAUUUAAAAAAAUGAGAGUGGUAUUUGCAAAAUUCAUGUGUUGUAUAUUGUUUAAUGUCCUACUCGAGAAUAUCACUCGUAUGGAGGUCAUGAUUGCCGGUGAAGGGCUGCAAAGUUUAGGCCAAUGUUCGGCGUUGAUGGCCUUUGUGCAGGGAGGGAUCUUUAUUGUGCCACACCUUUUAUGACACGGGCCUCGGUUUUUCGGUCUCAUCCGAAUGACCACCCCAUUUAGUCGCCUUUUACGACAAGCAAGGGGUACUGAAGACCUAUUCUAACCCGGGUCCCUACGGCGUACGGCAUUUCCGACAAGCACAUGCUGAAUGCUUAUAUCGAUAAUGAACGGCAAUAGCGACGUCUCCAUAUGAGCGAGAAAUUCUCGAGAGGUUAAAUUCAAUCAAUCAAUCGUGGGGGUCAAUUUUCAUGUUUCGAACGAUUUAAACCUGUAUUUAUAGAUGUACUUCUUCAAGUCAAGCUUUUCAAGGUAUUUAUGCGUUUACUUGAUCAAGAUAUAGGGCUCACGGCGGGUGUGACCGGUCGACAGGGGAUGCUGAAUCCUCCUAUGCACUAAUCCGAGAUUCCUCUGACUCUAACCCCCGCUUUUAUAUUGUGACAUGUGCGGGGGAGAGUCAGAGCGGAUGCCAUAUUGAAAAGUGGGAAUUCAGCGACACCAGCUGGUGUCGCGACUCUGCCUACCUUUCGCAACUUUAUUUCGCGGUUCUAACUUCCGAGACGCGACCAAUCAGUAAAGAAAUGAUUCUUCUACAACUUAAUCACAAUUGAUACGAUGCUUUCGCCGUUUAAACGGCCCUAUCGCCGACAAAUGAAGCAUCACUUUGAAUUAGGUCGCCUCCUCGCCAUUCGAUUUCUUUGCGCAUGACGUCAGCACACAAACACACAAAAUUCCAAUUGGGGUCAAACGAUCACGUGACCAAAACAACGUGUGGAGAUUUCACGGCUGAAACUGGUGAUGCUGCCAAAAUUGUGCUCAUAUGGACAUCGGAGCCAUUUUCGGCAGUUGCAUUCCUUAUCAAUAAAUAAAUGAAACAUUGCUCUCUUGUUUUCUAUUCUCUGUAACAACACUUUCAUUUAUUUUUUAAAAGAAAUACUACAAAGUAAUUAGAGACUCCUGUAACAUUGGAAUUUCUUUAACAAUAUUUUUUACACAUUUAAUUUUUGAUAAAUUAUAAAUCUCAAAGACAAAAGAAAAAAAGGUCAAAAUGGCUGCCUUGACUGAAAAUGUAAUCAACAGAAUCCUUUCAGAAAAGCAAUUUCAUUUUGCAGUGAAACCAGAGCAGUUUAAAAUUAUUGAAUCUAUUGUUAAUAAAAGAGACACAUUUGCUGUAUUAUCAACAGGCUUUGGGAAAAGUAUAUGCUAUGUCAUCCCAGCACUCUAUUAUGAUGAAAUCAAUCCCUGUAAAAAGCAUACAAGUCUGGUGAUCUCACCACUGAAAGCAUUGAUCAAAGAUCAGGUUCAAACUCUCAAGGAUCAUAACAUCAAAGCAUGUGGCAUAUAUGAAGGGGUGGAUAAAUCUGUUGUAGAUGAAAUAAAGAAUGGAGAUGCAACAGUUUUACUUGCUUCCCCUGAGGCUAUUAUAUCCAAGCACUGGCUAAGGGUGCUACAAGAUGUCUACAAGGAUAACAUUGCAUUGGUUGCAUAUGAUGAGGCUCACUGCAUAUCAGAAUGGGGUCUUGACUUCAGAGAAGACUACAGGAAGGUUGGGAUUCUACAGAGUGUUCUUAAUUCUCCUGUUCUCACCCUGACUGCCACCUGCAAUACAGCAAUGAAAGCUGACAUUGAAAAAAUUCUUGGAAUGUCCCAAGUUAACACCAUUUCAUUUUUGCCAAACAGAUCAAAUAUCUUCAUUAAUAUUCAAAAGUCCAGUGAAAAAUAUGAAGAUGAGCUACAGUGGUUGCUUACAAAUCUUCGACGGAAGGGUAUAGCAAUGAAUAAAACAUUGCUAUAUGUAAAUUCAAUUGGAAAAUGUGAAGAACUAUACAUUUGGAUGCAUGGUUUAUUAAAAGAAAAGGCAUAUGACGGACAAUUAUCUGUUGACACAAGGAUGGUAGAAAUGUUUCAUGCACACACAGAUACCAAAUCAAAAGACAGAAUUUUGAGUACUUUUUGUUCUGAAGGCGGUACCAUACGAAUUUUGAUAUGCACUGUAGCUGUAGGUAUGGGAAUCAAUAUUCCAGAUGUAAGCAUUGUUCUUAUAUGGGGUUUACCCCCUUCUCUUUUACAACUUUGGCAAGAGGCAGGUAGGGCUGGAAGAGACGGUAGAUCAAGUAUUUCAGUGUGUUAUGCUUAUCCUCGAAGUAUAGCUUUACCCUGUGAUUCAUGUAGAAAAUCAGGUAAAAGAAAGUGUGAUUGUGCCAGAAGGACAUACUUGAGAGAACUUGUAUCUACUACUGAAUGCCAGAGAUAUCAUAUUCUUCACACAUUUUCCUUAUCAGAUGAAAACAAAAGUGAACUUAAAGAUCUCAUGAAAAUGAAUAAUACUUGUUGUAGCUGUGAAAAUUUAUGCAAUCGUAAACUUUGUAAGUGUUGCAUAACAUGUGUUAUGAAAUGUAAAUGCUCAAACCGAAAGAAGUCAUCCAAUGAAGUAAUACUAUCUUUCAUAAGAUAA